UAAUUGAUUUUUAAGAGUAAAUUGUAGAAUUUCCGGUACUUAUGCCGUUGAUCUAUUUAAGCUCAGUUUAUUUCUUUAGAAUAUCAGUCGCUUAACAAGAUGCAACCUAUCCUCGUUUUUAUUCUGGUCAUGUUAACUGUGCAAAUCGAGAGUAAAUGCAGCACUUUGGUCACACUAAAACUAGAUCCUCACUGUGGAAUGUUUUCUGAUUGUGUCGUUAAUGGUGCAAAUCCAAGUGUCCUGACCAAUAUAUCUUGUAGACGUAUAGAAAAAGGAAAAUCAGGACUCAUCAACAUGAAAUUGGGAAAAUGUAACCCUAAAGUACCCCGGUGUUCCUUUGAAUAGUAUUAAUUUUUCAUUUAAUAGCAUAACGUACACCAGUAAAUACAUACAUAUAUAUUUCAA